AUGUUCAAGUCUCUCUUCAUGGCCGGUGCCCUUGCGGGUUCCAUGGCCUCUGCCUUGCCCGGAUUCGGCGCCCUCUCUGAUGGCCCCGAGGCCCAGCUCUUCCCUCGUGCUACCUGCAGCGGCAACACUGCAAGCACAAGAAGCGAGUGGUGCGACUACUCCGUCGACACCGACUACUGGACCGAGGCGCCCGACACCGGUGUCACCCGCGAGUACUACCUUGAGUUGACCGACGUCACCGUCGCUCCCGAUGGUGUCUCCCGCUCCGCCAUGGCCGUCAACGGCUCCAUUCCGGGCCCGACCAUUUUCGCCGACUGGGGUGACACCGUCGUCGUUCACGUCACCAACUCUCUGACGACCUCCAACAACGGCACCAGCAUUCACUUCCACGGCAUUCGCCAGAACUACACCAACCAGAACGACGGCGUCAGCUCCAUCACUCAGUGCCCCACGGCCCCCAACGACACCAUCACCUACACCUGGAGAGCUCUGCAGUACGGUUCUACCUGGUACCACUCCCACUUCGCUCUUCAGGCGUGGCAGGGUAUCUUUGGCGGCAUCAUCAUCAACGGCCCCGCCACUGCCAACUACGAUGAGGACCUCGGCAUGAUGUUCCUCAACGACUGGGAUCACCAGACCGUCGACGAGCUCUACUCCACUGCCGAGACCUCCGGCCCGCCGACGCUCGACAACGGUCUCAUCAACGGUACCAACGUCUACGGCGACGACGACUCCACCACACAGACCGGCUACCGCUACAACGUCACCUGGACCUCCGGCACCUCCUACCGUCUGAGACUUGUCAACGCCGCCGUCGACACCCACUGGAAGUUCAUGAUUGACAACCACACCAUGGAGGUCAUCGCUUCCGACCUGGUUCCCAUCACCCCCUACAACGCCACCGUCCUCGACAUCGGCAUGGGCCAGCGCUACGACAUCAUUGUCACUGCAGACCAGGCCGACGUCGCCGACAACUUCUGGAUCCGCGCCAUUCCCCAGUCCGCCUGCUCCGACAACGACAGCACAGACAACAUCAAGGGUAUCAUCUCCUACACCGGCACCAUCACCACCCCCACCACCAGCGCCUACUCCUACACCGACUCUUGCGACGACGAGACGGACAACAUCUCCCCCUACGUCUCCAAGACGGUUGACAGCGCCAACUGGGAUGAGCUCGAGAGCGCCUCCGUCAGCAAGAACACCGCCGGCCUCUUCAAGUGGUACCUCAACAGCACUUCCAUGCUCGUCGACUGGGCCAACCCGACCCUCGAGUCCGUUAUCAACGGUAACACCACCUGGGAGGACGACGACGCCGUCAUCCAGCUCGACGAGGCCAACCAGUGGGUCUACUUUGUCAUCGAGACCACCCUCGCCGUCCCCCACCCCAUCCAUCUCCACGGCCACGACUUCUUCAUCCUUGCACAGGGCUCCGGAACCUACUCCAGCUCCAUCACUCUCAACACUAGCAACCCGCCCCGUCGCGAUACCGCUAUGCUUCCCUCCUCUGGAUACCUCGUUAUGGCCUGGGAGACUGACAACCCGGGCGCCUGGCUCAUGCACUGCCACAUUGGCUGGCACACGUCCGAGGGUUUCUCGAUGCAGUUUGUCGAGCGCUACAGCGAGAUUGCUGCCAUCACUGAUAACUCUACCCUCACCGAUACUUGCGACACCUGGACCACCUUCCAGGAGGAGUACUCCAUCGAGCAGGAGGACUCUGGUGUCUAA